AUGGUCCACUGUGGGUCUCUGUAUGGGUGCCAUUGCUGGUCUUGUUGGUAUCACCCCUGCUGCUGGAUUUGUUCCAGUGUACACUCCAUUGCUUUCGGCAUUGUCCCUGCCAUCGUGUGUAAUUUCGCCAUUGACUUGAAGAAUGUUAUUGGCAUCGAUGAUGGUAUGGACGUGUUUGCCUUGCACGGUGUUGGCGGCUUCCUUGGAACUUUCAUGACUGGGUUGUUUGCUGCUGACUACAUAGCUGCCACCGAUGGCUCCACUCAAAUUGACGGAGGCUGGAUGAACCACCACUAUAUCCAGUUGGGCUACCAGUUGGCUGCUUCCACUGCCAACGGCGCUUGGUCGUUCGUGGUAACCUCCAUCAUCUUAUAUGCCAUGGACAAGGUUCCAUUCCUCAGAUUGCGUUCGCACGAGGACGAGGAGUUGUUGGGCGUCAACUUGGCUGAAAUUGGCGAGUUUGCCUACUAUGAUAGCGACAAUGAGUCUGCUUUGGGCAUGAAGAACUCAGCGUACAUUGCUGAGCCCAUCAGAUCCAAUGACCCACGUGUUGCCCAGUUGAAGGCAGCUGCUUCGAAGCAGCAGGAGCAGGUUGAUGGUACCCACAAAGAUGGCGAAAAGUUCACCCCGGAGGACUCUAGCGAAAACCAAAGCACAAAGCACUAA